UUCCAAGUUCCACGUUCCAACAUUUUUCAUUCGCCGCUAAACCAUCGGCGCUAUUUUGACGCAAAAAAAAAAACAAAACAAAAUUCUUGGUUAAAUGUUUUGUAUAUUUCCCAAUGUUAGUCCAAAAUAGAUUUCGUUUCAAGCUCCUAAAAUUAAUUGAGAAAUGUAUACAAUUUUAAACGUUUUCGUGUAAUAUUUUUAAGUAACUUAUUCCUAAUUUAAAGCAUUUGUAAAGUGGCUGCGAUUUCGGAGUUUUUUUUUAAUCGUCUAUAGAAAUAUCUCAACCUUAAAUAACCGAUUCUGUUAUCGCUCGCACUCCGCUGAAUAAAUCGCGUUUUCCAACACCAUAACCCUUUGUGUCUGUCUGAUUGUCACCCCCCGACCGACCACCUACUACCAGCGAAUCCAAUCUGAUAGGAGGCAGCUAGCUAGUCAUCAACAUGGUGGACAUCAACUUAGAAUGCGUGCACCAGAUCGAACCGAAGACCCGUUCCUCUGGUCAGCAGCAGCAGGAGCAAGGGCUAAAGGAAGCUUACCUGGAGGCGGUGCGCAUUCUGUUAGUGCUGCUGGAGAACAUCUUGGCGCAGCCGGAGAACUCGAUGUUCCGCACCAUACGGCUGGAAAACAAAGCCAUUAAAGAAAAGCUACUCUCCUUGGCCGGUUGCGAGAGUCUACUGGAAGCCAUUGGCUUUGUACGCGUGACCGGAUCCAACGCCUUCACCUUGCCCACCGAUGUGUCCUUGCAGCAGGUGCAGAAGUACCGAGAUGCGCUGAGCGAAAGACGCAAUGCCUGGCUAAACGGCACAGUGUCCAAAAGUCCUCCUCAACAAAGCACCACCAGCACCACGCCCUCGCCCUUGUUCAUCAAGCCUUCGGUGGAGUAUCGCCAUAGAAUCGCCUUCCCCCGUGUAUUGCGCUCCAAUAACCACUUUCUGCAAUCGCUAGAACUGUAUUCCGAUGCAGUCAUGCAGUACGAGGAUGAGCUGCUACUGGCUGCUGGCCGCACUUUGAUUCCGGUGGAAGAGCUUACCGAAACGGCAAGUGAGAAACUGAUUGACAUCCAAGAUCAAAUUGCGUCGGGUCAGCGGCAGGAGAAGGAGCCAUGUGUUCGCGACUUGCUGCUCGUGGAGCUGGUAAACUGGUUCAACACGCAGUUCUUCCAAUGGGUGAACAAUAUACCUUGCCGCGUGUGUGGAAAUGAAGAGAGUAAGCUGCGUCGUACGCAACGGGAAGGUGAUAUAAGAGUCGAGGUCACCGUCUGCUGCGGCCAAGAGAGCAAGUUCUACCGCUAUAACGACAUCUCCCAGCUCCUCGUUUCCAGGAAGGGCCGUUGCGGAGAAUAUGCCAAUUGCUUCACAUUCCUUUGUCGCGCCCUCGACUACGACGCCCGCAUUGUGCACUCCCACUUUGAUCACGUCUGGACCGAGGUGUACUCCGAGGCCCAGAUGCGCUGGCUGCAUGUUGACCCCUCCGAGAACGUGGUAGAUUCUCCGCUGAUGUAUCAACAUGGCUGGAAACGUCACAUCGACUACAUUCUUGCCUACUCGAGGGACGACAUACAAGAUGUGACUUGGCGCUACACGAAUGACCACCAAAACAUUCUGCAAUUACGAAAGCUGUGCGGGGAAGAAGAAAUGGUGCAUACGCUGGAGGCGAUUCGAGCCAAGCGGCGGCGAAAUUGCACCGCCGAUCGAAAGUUAUUCCUCAGCCAGCGCAAUAUGUACGAGGUCAUUGGCUUGACGCUAGAACGUAAGCCGACAGAAAACGAGCUGAAGGGCCGCAGUUCGGGAAGUCUUUCUUGGCGACAGUCACGUGGAGAGCACACUUUUACCAAUAUAUUCGUUUUCAAUCUGAAUGCAGCCGAACUUCAAAAAAAGCAACUUAAUUUGCGGUACAGCUGUGCCACCGACACAUACGAACGAUAUGCCAAAGACGGAGGUCUCGUCACUAUUUUGGAUACCUAUAAGACUUGGCAAAAAGCGCAAUUUUCCUCGAAAAACAUAUUUCGGAAAGUGGAGCGCGAUUGGAAAAUGGCAUACUUGGCUAGAUUGGAGGAUACCGAUUGUGGGGAAAUUGUUUGGAAAUUUGAUUUCAGCAAGACCAAUUUAAAGGUUAAGUCCUACACCUUAGUUUUCGAUACAAAAACUUUUGGCGACGGAAAAAUCAGCGUUACUGUCGAUGCCACCGACGGAAGCGCUUCGGUUGAAAAUGCCACUGGAUUCCGGAUAGUGGCUAAGCUUACGGGUGGUAAGGGCGAUGUGGCUUGGCAGCACACACAACUCUUCAGGCAGAGUCUUAGUUCAAGGGACUAUCCCUUCGAACUGCAGGUGGAACUAUAUUGAAAAUAUAUUCCAAAUCAAAAUGUAAUGUAAAUAAUCAUAAACGAUUCCCAGUCUGGAUGAAAGUGUUAAAUAUAAUAAUAAAAAAGUAAUAUAAAUAAGAUUAUUUCAUAGUGUCGCUAUAUGUAAUUAUUCUUCAAGCUUUAAAGACUAACUAUUAUGGGCGUAAUAUAUAUAACACACGGAAAUGGACACAGUAAAUAUAAAAGGUUCUUUGAUUUUGGGUUGCAAUUAAGUAAAAUUCAAAAUUCAUAUUUAAUAAACUUAUUUCAUCACCAGUCAUAUGAAAGAUAACUAAAGGCAUUCCUAAAAUACAAUACAAUGCAAUGUUUGUAACACCAUCAAAGUGUACUGUUGAGCAAUGCUAUACAAAAUUUUAUUCGACUUCCGAACAGUGAAGAUAAUGGAAAUACUUUAAGUAUUUACAUAAUGAAGCUAACUUAUUUAAUAAUAAUUUAUCUUACAUUGUCUAAUUUUGAAUUUGCUACCUCAACAGUUAUGCGAGUCUCCUAGCAGACUGUGUAAUGGCCUACCUUCUUUUUUAACAAUAAAUAACGCUAUAGUUGAGUUCCUGGACGGACUAUCAAAUACAUGUCAAGCAGCUAAUAGGAAGACUACUAGAUAGAAUAAUCCAAAAUAAAAUGUAAAAGACUCGGCUAGUGAUCUUGAUAAAAAAUCUAUAUACUUUAUAGCCUUAAUAUCCUUUCACUCUACGAGUAAAAGGUAUAUAUACUGAGUAUAUUGGAAUAUGGAAUAUUGCUCUUCGUAAUUAAAACAUCAAAGAGCAAUUUUGCAUUAAUUAAAUGGUUCCUGUACUCUACUUUUCAUUCGAUCACCAAAAAGUCAUUCGAUUACUUAACUAUUGUAAUUGCCCUCCUAUUGUAUUAAAAUAACAUUAUAUAUAUUUAUAUAUUACCGAUAAAUAUCAACUACAAAAAAGCCCACCUAUUUUGAAAUUCCGUUGAAAAUUGUAUUUAUUCGUUUAGCUUAUUUUAUAAUUUAAAUGGUUCCAUGCCACUAAAAUAGCGUUUGCAUUCGGUCAUACAAUAUGUAUUGGUAGAAAAGGGAUAUUGGUUUGAUAUUAAGGAUUUAUUUUAACCUACACAGUUUUACAUUUUUACAGAAUGCGUUACAGUGGUUACAAGAAACCCACAAAUAUUAAAAAAUACAAUUUUUCCCAUAAUCUUUGACCUGUUACCAAAAAUAACUUUCGUUUGAACUAUUCCACAGCCCCAUCCCCCUUUUAAAAAAUGUGUUUACAUUUUUUCAUUUCAAAGACGUUUAAAUAAACUCUGUGUAAUCGACGCUAGGCGGCGCUCAUGUGAAAUCUCCAUCUCACUCCCCUUAGUUGUGUAAUGGAUAUCUAAAAGUCGAGGCACUUGACUGUGUUGAGUUCUAUAACUUUUGAUCAUUUUGAUAAUGAAUAUGCAACGCAUGUAAUAAUUGACUAAUAAACAUAUUUUGAUUUAAAAU